AUGUCAUUUGGAAAAACUUUAUAUGCUACUGAAAAUCCAGAAUUAUUUGCUAAAUUUACCCCCUUAAUCGAAGAAUACAACAAAGCACGUGAAGAGCAAAUUAAAAACUAUGAUCCUGAAUUCUAUGCUAAGUGCAAAGAUACUGUUGCACCAGCGGAGCAAUUGGACUCUGAGCCAAUUAAUGCUUUACAGUACUUGGAAAAGUUAUUAACCCCAAGUGAAUUGGUUAUUGUUAAUGAAUAUUCCAUUAAGGACCUUUUGGAUAAACAAUUGGAUAAAAAAUUAACAGCUGUUGAAAUCAUUAACGCAUACAUCAAAGCUGCCAUUAUUUCUCAAUUUUCUACAAAUUGUGGUAUGCAAUUUUUAAUUCCAGAAGCUUUAAGUAAGGCUAAGAAGCUAGAUGAAUACUUGGCUGAACACGGUAAACUAAUUGGGCCAUUUCACGGUAUUCCAGUUUCCUUGAAGGAACAAAUGAAUUAUGCUGGCAAACAAACGUCUGCUUCAUAUGUUGCCUAUUUAAAAAACAUCCCCAAAGAAUCAGGUGUCACUAUCCAGAUCUUGGAUAAGUUGGGUGCCAAUUUCCAUAUCAGAACAGCUCAACCUCAAGCUAUCAUGUGGUUGGACACUGGUAAUGUUAUUACUGGUAGAACUAGAAAUCCUGUAAGUACCAGACUAAGUCCAGGUGGAUCUUCUGGUGGUGAAAGUGCUUGUGUAGGUUCCCAUGGUAGUUGUAUUGGUGUAGGUAGUGACAUUGGUGGUAGUAUAAGAGCACCAGCUGCUUUUGCUAAUAUCUUUGGUUUGAAGCCAACAACCAGAAGGUUUAGUUUAAUGAAUGGUUUAAGUGGUGGUAAGGGCCAAGAAAGCAUUGUUGCUGUUCAAGGUCCAUUGGCUAGAAGUAUUGAAGAAAUGGAGUAUUUUACUGAAAAUUACUUAAAUGAAGGUAAACCAUGGGAAUACGAUCCUUUGUGUGUUCCUAUUGCCUGGAACACCAAAGUUGAACUACCAAAAAAAAUUAGAAUUGGUGUUUUGUUUGAUGACAAUUUGGUUACCCCAUACCCUGCUGUUACCAGAGGGAUGGAAUCUGUUGUCGAAAAACUUUCUAAAGCGGGCGAGGAUUUUGAAAUUGUUGACCUAAGUAAAUAUUGGUACAGUGAAAAGGAAAUGGAAGAAAUUUAUACGAUGAAUAUUGGACUAUAUACUUGUGAUGGUAAUAAAGUUCAAUUAGGUAUGUUUGGCGAGAGUGGUGAACCAUUGGAAAAAUUGACAAGACAUUUCUUGAAUUUUGAUGGCGGUGUUGAACGUAGUGUGUAUGAAAAUAGAAUGUUUAAUGCUAAAAGAGAUUCUUUAAAGGUUGAAAUGUUCAAUAAGUUCUUCAAGGGAUUGAAAUUAGAUUUUAUUUUAAGUCCAACAUAUUGUGGUCCAUCUGAAAAGCAGGAAAAUUCAUUAUACUGGGGUUACACUUCAUUUUGGAAUUUGUUGGAUUAUCCUAAUGUCAUUUUCCCAUCAGGUGUUGUGCAUGAUGAUAAAAUUGAUACAAUUGAUAAGUUGGCUGGUCCAUUAAAGAGCAACAAAUAUGAAGCAAUGGUUUGGAAGAAAGACGGUAAGGUUAUCUACGAUCCUAAAGACUACAUUGGUGGACCAGUUGCUUUACAAUUAACUGCUGAAAGAUUCCAUGAUGAAGAUGCUGUUGCAUGUGUUAAGAAAAUCACUAAAGUUUUAGGCAUUGAGAGACGUUAA